AGAGGGGAAGGUACUGGAUGUAUAUCUUAUGCUUAUAAAUAAAUAAGUGAUUUGACCUGAGGGAUAUGCUUGACGAAGAGUACCCAAUCAGGGUUUUAACUCAUCAACUCUUCUCCUUUUUUUUCUCUCUGAAAUUCUACAUUAUUUUUAAGAAAUGAUACUUCUCCUUUCGUUCUCUGUUCGUUCCUCUCUUUUUUAUGUUUCGCUAAGACGUAGCCUAGGUAUCUUAUCAUAAGAGAUAUUAUUUAGACAAGAAUUAGUUGGAGCCCUCCGUUAGGAUGGAGGAGGAUGACUAAGUAAGAAAGUGUAUAGACUAGUAGUUAGUUGCAAGGUCCAGAGGUAGACUAAGAAAAACUUUGCAGUAGCAAAAAGAUCAUUAGUAUAACCUGUCCAAAUCAUGCUACCAUGAUAAUGAUCAUGAUGAUGUAAUGUUGUUAUCAAGCGUGUAGAAAAUUUUACAAUUUGGCAAUACGGUGAAUUAAAUCCGCACGGAAUUUAUUGGUCAUUGGACAAACUAAAUGCACUCAAAAUUAAACAUUAAAUUAAUUAAGUUAGAAAUCUAAAACAACUUUAAAUCAAUUUAUAUUAAGUUAAAGACCAAGAAAAAAGGAAGGAGGCAUUAUGAAAAUCAGACAUGUCAACUUUUAGCACAGGAAGGAAUUAAAUCAGACAUUGGUACUGUUUGGCUUCUGUGAAAGUAGUUCAGUUAAUUGCUAACCUUGAAAGAGUGUCUGGGAAAAAUGGGGAAAAUUUAAACUCAGAAUUUACCAUGACGUUUUAAGCCCAAAUCAUCAUUUACCAAAUUUAAUUAUUGCUAAAAAUACUAUUUCAUAGCCAAUUGGCAAUUAAAUCCCCGGUAAUCUUUUUUUGUUUAAAGGUUUUCUAAAACACCUAUUAACUUUUACCUGCUUUUUAGAGGCUUUUAAAUGAAAUCAGAAAUUUUCUCUUUCAAUCUCCUUGUUUCUUCUCGAGUUGACUCUGAAAGACAGGGAAUACUAUUAAUUUUUUAGCCUGCAAUGGAUACUUUGAUUUAGCUUGCAAUGGAUAGUUAUGUUUUAGCCUGCAAUGGAUAGUUGUUGUAUCCUGAAAUGGAUUCUAGUGUUAUUAUCUGUGACGAAGGUGAUUGUAGUUUAAAUUGGUGUUUGCUGUUUGCAAUUGGUGUUUAAACCUUUUUACCUUUUACUUCACGUCUUGCUAACUGUUUGCAAUAAGCUGUACUGCAACUGGUCGUUACGUAAACUUCUGAUUGAGGUUUUUUUGAAAUACGAUAUGUUAUCAGCUCAAAGGUACACCUGAAAAAGUACUGUUUGAGUAUGUUACUCUGUAUUUGAGCCAUUCUUUAAAAUGUGCAAAAUUGCCAACGUGCUGUGACACUUACUGAUUUAUUUUUGUUAAAUGUAAAGUAUUAUAUUUUUAGAUAGAAAAAAUAUAUAUUAUUAGAGUGGGCGCGGAUGAGUAGUGACACAAGUGGCGUCAUCUUGCUUAAUGCCAGUGUUGGUUAGGAUACAUUUCUUUGUAACUGCUCGAGUGAAAAACAUGUAAGUCAAAUGUCGAAAUAAACGAAAAGAUCGCCUAUCUGAAGAAACAAUGGCCGACUUUUUUCUUCACGAGCUUGCUGCUGUUGGAGAUGCAAAACAGUUAGAAAUUCUGUUCAGAGUGAACGGUGUCAAAGAUAUUGAUGAAAGAGAUGCAGAUUUUGAAGGACAGGCUGCUUUGCAUUGGGCUGUAAGAAAAGGUCAUGUUCGAUGCUGCAAGAUUUUGCUAGAGAACGGUGCAGACGCGUCACUGCGAAUGUAUCAAGGUUGGACGCCGGCACAUUGUGCUGCAGAAACGGGGAAUUUGGAAAUCUUGAAACUCCUUUUUGAAUAUUCUGGAAGCUUAAUAGCUAAAGAUGAUUAUGGUUCCACACCAAAGCACAUGGCUGAGGUAUAUGGACAUAAAGAAUGUGUCAAGUUUCUAGAAGAAGUUGAACAGCACCCUUCACAAAAAAGAGAAAUUAUAAAAGAUCGAAUAGUAAACGCUGCAAGGCGGACAUUACUUUCAAGUGAAACUAACAAGCAACCUUAGCCGUGGUGUUGUAUAGUCUUUGUGUGUGUGUGUAUGUGUGUGUGUGGGUCGAUGCACAUCUCGUGUAGAAGAAAUCUGAGGAAGACCACGUAUGUGAGGUGUUUUUAAGAAACAAAAAAAAAACCACAUUUCACGAGGAAUUUGAAUUUAGUUGGGUGAAAUUAUGUUGCUUGGUUAGUGCAAGUUGAACUAUUUAGGUGUCUUUCCAAUUUAUUGAUCAAAUUAUGAUCACCUUAUGGAGGCUUGUCGUAACUUCUAAAUCGAUUUAAUGGAUAUUAUUAUAUCCUAACCUUUACUGUAUCAUUGGUAUCCAGUUUUUUUACAUCACUAUCCGUUACUACCUUUUUACUCUGGGAAGUCGUCUGUACAGUCUCCUUUUUUAUAGAAUAUUUGCUAUAUUUUAACACCAGGAACUUAAUCUUUUUAUAAGAAUUUUUACCGACAACGCUAUUUGAAAUUAAGUACCUGCAGUAUUAGCAUUAUAAGGCUGUAAACAUGUCUAAAUUUAUUGAAAUAAUUUGAAGCCACUUAACCAUUUCAUUAUAUUUCUGGUCAACGAUUUCCAAAGGUUUUACUUCUCAAUUAAUAAUAAAAAGACUUAUAAGUUGAGCGAAAUUAACGAAAUUCAACCAAAAUUUUUUUCCAUAAUCAUACACGUUGUUUUUACAAGAAACCUAAGCAUUUGGUUGAGCCUGGAGUUUCUUUAAAAUUCGAUAAUUUGAGCCUGAAAAGUUUCUUAAAAAAACUCAUUCUAUUCUGUUUCCUUCCCUUUUUCUGUUAUGUAUAUAAGUUUCUUAAUGUUGGAGAUUUUCUCAGCCAGCUCAAGUUUCUUAUAAGUUUCUUAAAAUUUUUCUGAGCCUAAGGUUUCUUAUAGACUGGUUUCUUAUAAAAAAAACCGUGUACUGCCUGAGUUCUAAAUUCAGCUGUUUUUAAAACAACUUCUAAAUCGUUUUUACAGAAAAUUUUAACAAUGAUACACCUGCGAUACCCAUUAAAAGCUAUUUCUAUGGUACUGUGAAAUCAUAUUUAAGACCAAAUUCUUUAUCUUGUCCUGCAAAAUUGGAAGUGACCUUUAAGUGUGGUGUUUAAAUAUUCAACGUGCGUUAAUCCCAGUGAAAUAGAGCUAUAUAAAAACCUAUCGUUAUUUUUAAAUAAUAUUUUCCUGAACAAAAACAAAAAACCCUGGCCAAAACCUGUCGUUUAGCUGGUUAAAGCUAACUCCCGCCUUAUAUGUUAAAAUCACUAUUAAGUAACAGGAUAGGAAAAAAAUUAAUUCAAAUCUAUGCGUAUCUUAGAAUUGCUCAAAUGGGUCCGGUAUAGUCUUUUGAUAACGAACGUUUCAAAAGCCCAGUAAUUACAUAUAGGUGAAUAAUUAUAGCACAUCCGUAUUUCAUUCUCAACAGAGAAUGCUUCACCCCGAUCAGACCUCUAAUGACGGGCGAGUAUUAUGCGUGCAAGUCAUAUUGAAGAAGAACUACUUUGUUCAUCACUAACAUACACAUCCGUAUUUCAUUCUCUGUUGAGAAUGAAAUACAGAUGUGCUAUGAUAAAUAUUCACCUAUAUGUAUACACACCAUCCGGAUAAACUAUCUUAGUUCAUCACUAACAUAUUGCCGCACGUAGUGUAGUGGCUUCGUCUGCGGCUCCCAGUUCUGGGGACCGUGGAUCGAAUCCCGCUCACUGCUUGGCAGUAUGUUAGUGAUGAACAAAGUAGUUCUUCUUCAAUAUGCCCAGUAAUUAAAUGCCAAAAACGUAGUCGAGUGUUUUAGAGAAACCAAACGUAAUAUUAUGAACAAUAAUAUAUAAAAACAAAAAAAAAAUAUUUACAGUGGACUGUGUGUAAUAUAUACAUGGACGAUCUUAUCGCCAUAGCGUAGCGUCUAUGUUAUGUUCUAUACCUUAUUUGCUCAGUUCUACCUUUUUCGGUCUACUUCCAUAAUGAUAGGUUUUUCUGGAUCGUAAGUGUUUGUGGGAACAUUAUUAAAAAAGUUUUCUUCACCUUGUUCGUACAUAUAUGGCGCAUCGAAUUCCUCACGGGCGUCAUUUUUAUAUGGCGCUAGUUGGCGUUCCAACUGCGGUUCGUAAAGGUCUGAAAAAUUAUUUUCGACGUUUCUAAAUCUGUUGUUAUAAUCCUCUUCGCUGUCGUUGUAUCCGUCAUCGUCGUCGUUUUCAUCGGAGAACGAAUUUAAAAAUAAAUUUUCUCCAAGACGACGUCGUCUGGGGCUAAUAAAUCCGUCGUCGUAAUCGGUGUCGUCUCUGUCAUUGUCAUCGCGCUCGUCAAAAACGUCAAUAUCGGCGGCGUUUGAUUUAGUUAUACGGUUUAAUAACGACAUGAUUGGGUUAAAACCACGUCGCCGGCCGUUUUGGUACUCGUCGUCGUUAUUUGAAUCGUCUAGUUCUAUCACUAAAUCUUUCCGACUUAUACUUGUAUUUGUCCCAUUAACAGCGACAGGACUUGCCAAAUUGUUUGGUGAAUGGAUUUUUAAGGAUAAAAGUUUUGCUGUUUUUCCUCUCAUGUCAAUGCCAGGGUCAUUUUUAACUUUGACUAAAUGGUAUCUUUCUUCAUGCGAAGUUUUAUUUCCUGACGAAGGUUGUAAUUCAUACUUAAAAUAUUUUCGCCUUCUUGCUAAUAUGUUAAGAAGAGUUAAAUUUGCUUUUCUAAACCUGUAUGCAUUACGUUUUAAUUUUGCAGUAUUAUGUGUAUACUUGGAAAUAUGUUCUUGCUUUGGUGUACUUUUUGACAGUGGUCGAUGAUUUUUUGGACUAGGUUUAUACUGAGUUUUACUCACGUUUCUCUCAAAAUUAGUUCCUUGUUUGUCAGCUGAUUUAGUUUUUUUGCGACGUCGGUGCUUGCGGUGACGACGUUUCCUUCUUUUAGAUAGAUUACUUGGUGCUGUUGUAGUAUUAAAAUGACUCCUUGAAAGUACAGAAACUUUUAUCAUUUCUGCACCGAGGUCCCCAACAGCUCCGUUCGUUGGUUUAGAAGGUUCUAGUAUCUUUCGAAAUAUCUCCUUUGCUAUCGAUACCUUUUUUGGGUCACCAUCGGCAUUAAAAACCUCGUUAAUUAAAGAGGAUUUUGCUUGUGUGGGAAGAGUUUUUUUGGCUAAAACAUUUUUUAAUUCUUUUACAACUUGAUUGAUUAAUUUCAGUCUUGAAGUAGCUUCAUGUUUUUUUAAAGUUAUAUUUGCUUGUUGAUUGGUUGAAAAAUCCUGUGUGUUUUGAUGUGAUAUUUUUAACGCGUUUUUUUGAGGUUGGAUAUGUGUCCGCUUUGUCUCUAAGUUAAUUUCAGCGUCUGUUUCAUCUGAAAUCGACAAAAACGAAAUACAAAGCAAUAAACGCUAGGUGAUUCUUUAUUUUCAAGCUAACUAACACUUAUAUUAUUCUUCAUCCACUCGCAAUCUGAGUAACAUUAUGUAUUAGUCAGGCCCUUCAGAAGAACAAGGUACAAGAAAUAUGCCCACUUUAUUAUCAAAUAUAGACAACCUGUUGAUGAAUAAUUACUUUUUUAUAAUUUACUACUUUUUUAAUAGUAUUUUUCAAAAAAUAGAUACAUUAUUUUUCAGUUUUCUCUUUUUUUGGCGGUAAAAUGAGAUAAUAUCCUUUUUGAGGAAGACGCAAGGAAGCAAGACAACACGGGGGACUGUAUUUGUUAAAAAAUACCAUGCUAAAUAGCUUUAAGAGAGUAAUUAAUACCUCUUAAAAGAUUUAAAAGUCAUUGUUGUUGCAUCAACUGGCUUUGCGUGCAAUAAAUGGUGUGUUUAAGUACAGAAUUUAAAAGAAAAUAGCUAGCUAACCAGGUCAAAAUGGUGAAAGUGUUUUCUAUUAGAAAAAUCUAAAACGUUGUUUUGGUCCUAAAUGUUUAUAAAUUUUUCCCCGCCAUAAGCUUGCAUAAGUCAUUGAAGUCAAACAUCAACAUUUCGUUUUGCAGCCCCUUUAAUUUUGUUUUUCCUUCAACUUUUCGGAAAAAUCAAAUUUUUUUCUAGCUUGUAGUGUGAACAGGUAAUGCAAUCAAAGAAUUAGAACAAUUAGGACGCAUCACAAUUGACAAACAUUACAGAUCAAAACUUGCAGAAGCCGCUAGGAAAUUCACAAUUUUAUAUGACAAAUUUGAUAAAGCCACGAAAUUGAAAAUAAAAUUUUUAGGACUGAAAUGACCUUUUCUUAAUAUACUAAUCAACGUGUACGUUUUCAAUGAUCCGUUGUUAUAACAUUGACUUCAGUGGUUUGUUUUCUUCCUUGUGUGAAUGAAAUUGCCUUUUUUUUACUGUGAAAUAAAAUUUUGCGAAUUGAUGGCACGUCUUGAUCUUUUCGCGAGUAAUAAUCUGGCAGUAGCAAGUGUGUAGUAUAAUCAAAUUGAAGUAGAGCUUAGUGCAUCAUAACAUACUGUAUGACAUUAAGCGGGAUUUGAUUCAUGGACUGCCAGAACUGCAAGACGCAGAAGAACACACUACAACUACGUUGUGUAAGGGACACUUCUCUGAGAAGUGAGGGAGGGAGGAAAACAGGGAGAGAAGAGUGACGGUAAAGGCUACAUAUUUCAAUGCAUUAUAACUUGAGUGAUCCGUUCGUGAACUAGAAUUUAUAGUCCAAAAACAUGAUUCUGUUUUGAUAAAUCAUUUGGUUUAUAAUGAUUACAUGGUGUAUUUAUUUGUUCACUAGCUUGAAAUACCUUUCAAAUCAACGGUUUCUUAUUAAUCUAUUUUAAUUUUAAUUUACUCCCAGAUAUUAAGUAUUUGUUCUUUUUUAUGUUGCAUUUUAAACUUAAAAAAUAUGGCGACGGCCCUGGUAUAUGUCCGCAUGUACGCAUCUCGAAGCAUCAAGAUUAUUCUUUUAACACUGUUGUCUUUGUUAAGGUACACCAGUUAUAUAGACCCAGCGCUAAUUCUUUUUACCAUUGACUGGGCGAAAAAAUAUAAAGAAAAAACUUGCACCAUAGCUACAUGUAAUUAAAAUUGCAAAAUAAGACUUAAGAAUGCUUAUGAAAAAUACUAUUUUAGGCUCAAAAUAUGCUUAGGUUAUGCCUAAAAAUGGUAAAAAUAUUUUUUGAAAUAUGCGUAUGAAAAACACAUGAUCAGGCUCAAAAUAUGCUUAUUUGAAAAAAAUAAUAUUGAAUUUGCAUUUUGAACAUCAGUAAUUACAAAUUAAAUCUCACUACAUACUGGUUAAUUCAGACAUAAAGAAUAAAAAGAAAAACUGCUUACGAAACAAAAGACAUUUACAACAUGUUUUUAGGCUUCACAUAAUGCUUAGCAUAUGCCUAAAAAAUGACCAAAUUUAAGCCUAUACAAAUGUCAUACUUCUAAAAAAAAUAUGUAUUGAAAAUAUAUGUAGCUUUCCAAUUUUACUGCAUACUUUUCUUUUAUACUUUUUCUUUCUAAGUCUUUCUUUCAAACGGAAGUAUAUUAUCAUCAACAAAACUAUCUCUGCGGCUUAAAUUAGAAACCCUUGUGAUUGGGUUUCUUAUCAAACGCAGUUCGUGCUGGUUAAUAAUAGAUUUAUUAUCCAACUGUCUAAAUUCAUAGAAACAAAGAGCUCCCACCUUCAUGAACAACAAUACAUUCUACACUUAUCAAUAUCAACCACAAUGUCCACACAACAAAUGCAACUUUCCUCCACAUCCUCUUGUAUUCAAUAAUUAAAUUUAAUUUCCAUGGUAAUUUAACCCUAAAUUCAAUAAAAUUUGGGCUAAUUACCCUUUAUGUUUAAGUUAAUUAGAACCAAGCAGCUAGCCUUGAUUUUCAAAAUCUCAGUAAUCUGAUAAUUGAAUUAAGCUUUUAGUGUUCGUACUGAUUUGACCCUGUUUACGCUCUAUCUCAUAUUUUUCGAUUGAUUUGUUUGAAUAGCCACACCUGUUUCGAACAAGAUGCUCAACGUGAGUUUCUAUAUCUUCAGUAGUCGCAAAAUACAUUCAAAAUCAUGCCGAAUAAUAAAAUGUAGAUGGCAAACAUUCGGAAAAAGGCAAAUUGAUUUCAUAUGAAAGAGUUUGAAACGUUAUUUAGGAGUUGGUAUAUUUUUGAUCAGUCCCAUUAAUUACAUAUUAGAAAUAAGGUAUCUAGUUGUUUUAUCGAAGGAUGUUUUAAGUCAUUCAAGUUGAUAUUUUAAAAAUAGUUAAACGAAAAUAAAUAUUUAGUUAUCAUUGGUUAAAUCACGACCCGAAGGAGAGUGAUUUAUUAGAACACGCAAUACAGGUAAAUUGGGAACCAGGAGACGCAGGUUAAUUUUGUUUUAAUGAUCAAAAUAAUAUCUCGGCUGUACGAACUAUAACUUACCAUAACGAUGUCUAUUUUGCAUAGAUCAAAAAAGUAUAAAUCAAUCACAAAUCACACAAAUAGCCACAUACGGAUAUUUAUAUCCAUCAUUUUUUGUCAAAAGAAUCUUUGAACUUUUUUUAGCUAGCUAGCUAUUCUGCGCGGAAUUAUACCAAAUCAUUGAAUAAAGUUAGUACAGUAUUUUUCGAAAAACAGACCCUCGUGUUGUGUUUGCUCCCGAAUCAAAACAAACUUUCGAUUUUACUGUUAUGUAUUAUUUACUGCCAAAAAAUAACACUAAUGACGGAGAUCUAUCUUGAGCCGUUCUGUAGCGCCUAUAAGUAGACCAAGUUUGAAGGGGCUACGAAGCGGCUGUUGGUUUUUGACUUUAGUGGCUUACACGAAAGUCGAGCUAAUGGAGAUGGAAAAGUUUAUGAACACUGAGAACAAAAACAACAACUUAAAUCAUCUUAAAUAUCAUAUUGGGCAUCCAAAGAAAAGAACAAAAAAGUUCCAUAUUAGAUUUUCAUUAUUUAACUGUCCUUCGAAAUUUUGAACAGCAAUGACUUUAAAAUCUUUUAGAGGUAUGAUUUUUAAUAUAUUUUACAGACCGUAGCUCCAUUUUAUCGCCAAAAAGAAUACUGAAUAAAAUAUUCUAUUUUUAGAAACUAAAAAUAAAAAGUAGCAAAUUCAUCGUAAAUAAUAAUUAUUUAUAAACAGGUUGUCUAGACGUCUAUGUGGUUCUAAAGUGUGCAUAAUUUCUUGCACCUUGACCUUUUGAGUGCCCCGUUUAUUAUACGCCAUACUUCGGAAAUUGCGGGGUUAGGCUAAUAAAUCGUUUCGUAGCCCUUUAACUCAAAAUCACGCCUAAAGGGAAUAAAAAGCCACCAAUUGUUAAGGAAAUCAGGACUUCAAAGGAAAAUUUAAAGCUUAUCUCUCACUUUUAAUCUUUUUAUACUCAUAACAUAUUAGAAGAGAACAAAGUAUUCUUUUCGCUACACUUUUUUUAUACAAUUCGUUUGGGGCGAAUAAGUGAUUAUUAAUUGCACCAAGGAGAAUUGGAAUAAACGCUGAAAAACAAUUUGCCUACUAAACUUACCCAGGUAAACAAUGA